CUACGGGGCGGGCUUUUAAUGAAGGGACGGCGGUGGGAAAGAUGGCGGCGACUCUAGGACCUUCUGGGUGGUGGCAGCGGUGGCGGCAGCGUUUGUCGGCUCGGAAUUGGUCCAGGAUGUUGCUCCUUCUUCUUUUGAUGGGGUCUGGGCAGGGACCACGGCAAGUCGGGGCGGGUCAAACGUUCGAGUACUUGAAACGGGAGCACUCGCUGUCGAAGCCCUACCAGGGUGUGGGCACGGGCAGUUCCUCACUGUGGAAUCUGAUGGGCAACGCCAUGGUGAUGACCCAGUAUAUCCGCCUUACCCCAGAUAUGCAAAGUAAACAGGGUGCCCUGUGGAACCGGGUGCCAUGCUUCCUGAGAGACUGGGAGUUGCAGGUGCACUUCAAAAUCCACGGACAAGGGAAGAAGAAUCUGCAUGGGGAUGGCUUGGCAAUCUGGUACACGAAGGAUCGGAUGCAGCCAGGGCCUGUGUUUGGAAACAUGGACAAAUUUGUGGGGCUGGGAGUAUUUGUAGACACGUACCCCAAUGAGGAGAAGCAGCAAGAGGCCCAGAAGAGGAGAUAUUCUCCAGGAGUCCAGCGGGUCUUCCCCUAUAUCUCAGCCAUGGUGAACAAUGGCUCACUCAGCUACGAUCAUGAGCGGGAUGGGCGGCCUACAGAGCUGGGGGGCUGUACGGCCAUUGUCCGCAAUCUGCACUAUGACACCUUCCUUGUGAUUCGCUAUGUCAAGAGACAUUUGACGAUAAUGAUGGACAUCGAUGGCAAGCAUGAGUGGAGGGACUGCAUCGAGGUGCCCGGGGUCCGUCUGCCCCGGGGCUACUACUUUGGCACCUCCUCCAUCACUGGGGAUCUCUCGGAUAAUCACGACGUCAUCUCCCUGAAGUUGUUUGAACUGACGGUGGAGAGAACCCCAGAAGAGGAGAAGCUGCAUCGAGAUGUGUUCCUGCCCUCGGUGGACAACAUGAAGCUGCCUGAGGAGAACACAACACGGAUAACUCCUCAUACCUUCCAGGCAUAUAUUUGUUGGGUUUUUUUUUUCGUCCAAGCCUCCGUCCACCUGAGGAAUUCUCCCUGGAAAUCCGGAUGGAAACUUCUUCCCUGUGUUGCCUUCUCCCUCCACUCAUUGCUCUCUCCACAUGCAGCCUGAGCUAGAAGAGACAUCUGGAUGCCUCUCCAAAGAGCCUUGGGCUGCAGAACAGACUGUUGUUUCACUACCCUCAGUAGGUGGCCACAGUGGAGGGCUCUUUGGCUCACUGCUCCAGCUGUUGUUCUUUAGCACGCAUCUUGGUUCUGUUGGUUUGUUUGUGACCUUCCCAGUUGGUUCCUUUAAGCCCUCAGUCAGGUUUGGCCAGAAGUUGGGUAUGCAAGUCAAGAGAAGCUUAUACGACUUAAUGGUUGUCAGGGGAGUAACUAGGAAACUGGCCAGCUCCAUGUUUCAAUACCAGAAGCAGCAUCUGCCAUGUGAUCUGGCCAUUGGAGAUGUUUCUGGACUCUGGAGCCUGAUGAACUCCAUGUUUGGUGUUUAUAUGACUCUUGAAAUCCCACUUGGGAGUGUUCAAAAUGUAAAGAAGCUUCCUUUUUAUAGCCUCGGCUUGGAUACUCUCCAAAGAGGAAACUUGGCUUCUGUUUCUUAAUGGUGGAGAAACCGUUGCUAUUCUAUUGCAAAUCUGGGAGCAAUGGACCCUCGUCCUCUGUGCCUGGAAGAGUUCAUUGUCAUUGAGCAACAGAGCCUGAGUGUCCUCCUCUGUGGGUCAAACCUUAUUCCACUGCCUUAUCUGACAAGGGGUCAUGUGCUGCUCACCUGUCUGCUCUGUGAUUAAAAUGGCCAGUAGGCCAGUCUCCCUGGAGGGCCUGGAGCUCUGAGCUCUACUAGCCCUGUACUUCUGUAGCCUAAGGGAAAUUCUUAAAAUGGCUGAUGAAAACCAGA